CUCUCCUUCACAUCAGAUAUAUAUAUAUAUAUCUCUCUCUACCCUCCACCCCUUAUACAAUCCAUCAAUCUAUCAACCACCCAUCAUGGCCCCCGUCCGCCGCGUCGCCGUCAUCCAAUGGAACAUCCAAGACCUCGCCAUCGAAGAAAACCACCAAACAGCAUGCGCCCACAUCCGUACCGCCGCUGAGCAAGGCGCCGAACUUGCCGUUCUGCCUGAAUACCACCUCACCGGCUGGUCCCCCUCUGACCCCCUCUGGACGACCCUCGCCCACCCCUCCACCACGACCCGCUACCUCAAGGCGUACCAAGACCUCGCUCGCGCGCUGCAUAUCUGCAUCGUGCCCGGGACGAUUAUUGAGAGCCAGCCCUCACCUUCAGCUCACAGAGGAGGAGGAUCGGAAGCAGGAAUACAAUCCCCCCACCUCUACAACACAGCCUACUUCAUCUCCACCGACGGGUCCAUCCUCGGCCGCUACCGCAAAAAGAACAUCUGGCACCCGGAACGGGCCUUCCUCACCUCAUCCGGGGAAGAACCGCACGAGGUCUUCGAUACCCCGAUCGGACGGGUCGGGUUGCUGAUCUGCUGGGAUCUAGCCUUCCCCGAGGCGUUCCGCGAGUUGCUGGUGCAGGGGGUCGAGGUGGUGGUUGUGCCGACUUAUUGGAGCAAAUAUGACGCCUCCCCCACCGCCCUCACACACAACCCCAGCUCGGAAUCCCUCUUCCUCGAGUCGACGCUCACGGCCCGCUGCUUCGAGAAUACCUGCGGGAUCGUCUUCGCGAACGUGGCGCGGGGAGAUGAGACCAGCGAUCGCUUCCUGGGCCUCUCGCGCGUGUGUCUCCCCAUUGUGGGCACGGUGGGCGUGAUGGGCAGUGAGGAGGGCGUGUUGGUCGUGGAUAUGGAUUUGGGGGUGGUGAGGGUCGCGGAGGAGAAUUAUAAGGUCAGGGAGGAUUUGUUGAGAGAGGGGUGGUAUUAUAGUUAUCGGCAUCAGAGGGGGGAAAAGUCAAGCCUGAAAGGAGAAAUAGAAGGAGAAGGGGGAGUGAGGUAUGUCUGAGAGGUUUCUUGUGAAUUAUAAGAUGAAUUGUCAGUUGAGAUGGAGUUGAUGUGAUCGAUAGAUGAGAGGAAUUAAACCUGAAGAUGAGGCUGAUUCCUACUCUACUCUACUCUACCAGCCCUUUCUGCC